AUGCGUACACUUCAGCUGGGCUGGCUUCUAGCCGGCUCCCUGACCUUCCUCGGUCAGGUCCAGGCCCAAGAAGACUUUACAGUCGGCGGCUGGACUUUUGACGGAAGCUGCAGAGCACACAAGGACUAUGUCACAAAAGGCUUCGAAGAUGCCUUGCAAAUGGCGACAAAGGCACAGUCAGACCUCAACUACGCCUUGCCUCGCUUUGAAAAGAAGAGCAACCCCAAGCAGACAGCUCAGUACCGUAUUGCGAGGGCCAUGGGCCGCUGCUUUGGGUUCAUGCCCGAUGCAAAGAACGACAACGCUAAAACGGAUCAAUGGUGGUCCAGAGUCUUUCAGAUAUUCGAUGCCAUGGUCCUAGGACUGCAAGGCCCAGGAGUAACACUCCAAUUCGGGACCCACGUGCCUCUCAUCGUAUGCAAGGACGACGUCUGGACUUGGGUAGGCGCCGAUGACCCAGACCCUGAAGCUCCUGAUCUUGAUUCUCCCGAUUACGACGAAGAAGCCAAGACGAAGCUGAAGGAAGAAUUCAAGAUGAAGAACCGACACCCGGAAAAGUUUGCGGAAGGCUACUCGGGAGGGUGGUACUACAGGCAGCGCAUGGACUGGAGGAAGAAGGUUGCCCAGAACCCUCCAGGUCAGUCCUGCAUGGACGGUGCCACGGGUACCACGCUUUUCGAGCUGGACGUGAUUCACAUCUGCUCAGUCAAUUACGAGUCCAAGUCCGUAAACGCUGGUUCCCCAGUUGGUGCUCAGAUCACAAGAGACGAGACCAAGAUAGGAUCCUUCGACGCCAGCGUCUCCAACACUUUCGUGCAUGAGUUUACCCACUGGUAUGGCUCCGCGAAUAGUGGACAUGGGACUGAAAGGACAGUCACCCUCAUUGACCAACAGAGUCUCAACAAAGACGGCAAGUGGGUGUACAAGGACAAGGACGGCCAGAGUGUAUACAGGACUCGCAAAUCAAAAAAGAAGGGCGAGGUUAUUGACGUGACUUAUGGAUACAAGGACGUUUCCAACCUAGCUAUGAAACACCCCAACGGUAACGGUGGACCUGAAUAUGCUACAGAGACAGCCGAAGCAUAUGCCUUCUUUGCCAUGAUGUCAAUAAUGGACGAAGCAGACUGGGCCAAAGACGGCAUAGCAAGGAAGGUGUUCUAUAAGAAGGCUCCAUCGAUGCCUUUGAAGCUCCGAGUCUAG